AUGGAAAAUACUUCUCUUAUUCCACGUCAGUCCUCUUUUAGAAGAUCUACCUCUAAUAAAAUAGAUUAUGUAUAUGAAGUAGAAUAUGUAAGUGAUGAUACUAAAGUUCCUAUCACCCAACUAUCUCUUCUCAAUCCCUACAAAGCCUUUACGAAACCAAAUACCACCCUUCCAAAAGUCUUAAAACAUGCCUUCAAUCCUAACAAGCACACAGCAAAGGAACUUGUUCUAGCUUCACAGUUGGAACAACAUUUGGUGCCAGCAACUGAAAUGGAGCAGAUGAUCCCUCUCCGUCUGAACGAGGUGAUGAUCCAUCAGUYGAGAUCCCAAGGUUUCACCCAUCUCCAUUACGGAGCAAUAAGAUUGGCGUUAACUCUUCACGGAAGAAAAUGUCUACUAGUGGUAGCAAGAGUCGCUCUCCUUGACACCAGAUACAAGGAGUAUCAGCAUGAUUGCAUAGCCACUCUCCAGACCACUUUAAACGCGGGCACAGUCUUCGUCACCCUUUUUCCAAACUUCAACAUAGCGCUUGAUGAUCCUCAGAUCUAUCAAAAUAUGCAAAUCCAGUUACAAAUCACUGGCGCUCCUCAAGUUGGGAACACAUAUGCCGCUACUCUUCACCACCAAAUGGCGUAUAGGGUGCAAAACCAUGCAAUGGACUUGAGUCUCCCAWGUGACACAGAAGAUGCACUGCUCAUACAAUUGGAGUCACAACACAGUCCAUCAUGCAUCCAUAUACCAAGAAAAAUCCCUAAAGAUGAGCUGAUCAAGCUAUUUCCGGAGUCAUGGGUAACCAAUUAUGAAAAACUUCAUGAAAACAACACUCCGAUACAAUCGGUAGACUCCUCUAUCAGUAGAAGAAAAGAUGGAGCCAUCCAGAUAGAGUUCAAACAACACGGCAGUACAAGUUCUCGACCUCCAGCCUUUUGUACGAAAAUCAAUACGAUCUCACCACCUGAAGAGCCUCCAUCUCUAGAAAAUCCGUACCUACCGGGAGUUCCAAUCGAAUCCUUCAAUGCUCUUGGAGACCCUAUCUAUUCAUUCGAAGAUGACACAUGA